AUUUGCCAGAGCCCUGGCUUGCACGGCGGAGCGAGGGCUUAAAAGUUAAGUCCCAGAGGCCGGUGUCUGGUCUGGGGACUUAUCUAAGAUCGAUAGCGUGCAGGCCUUUGAAGCCAGGGCCACUUUUCAACAGCCAGUGAAGGUUCCGAAUGCUCUGCCCCUCGCAGUGGGUAUUGGAAUGGAGGCUCAUUUGAGCUGUCUCUUUUUAAAAAUGUCGUUUAUUCAAGGAAAUAUGAAACCAAAGAUUAGCCUCCUUUCUCCUGGCUUCCUUUGCCCAGCUAGGCUGGAGCCACUUCAAAGCAGGCAGAUGCUGGGGGAGAAGGAUGAGGAUGCCUGCAGUUUUUAUCAUCAUCCCACGGAGUUUAGGAGAGAGAGAAGGCUCUUGAAGGUUGCCUAUCUUUCCCCUUCCCCGUGGGUUUCUUACAUAAAAGUGGUUUGUUUUUCAUUUCUGGUACUGGUGUUUGUUUUUUCCUUUAUCUUCCAAUUCACUGGUCUGGGUCUCUGGCCCCAAGUCGCAGCACAGUGUUUCUGCCUGCAGAGUGCACGCAGCCUUACUAAACUGGCACAGCCUUUCUAGAAAUAACUGUGGGACUCUCAGUACCUUCAAGGGGACCCAGAUAAUGUCCUUUUCUCCACCCCUUCCUUUGUCUGAAGUUGAAAAUGGAUGUUAGUUCUAAUUUACUGUAGUAAUACUAAAUUAUUAUAACACUAAAUAAACACUUCUAAACAUGUUGUUCAGUAAAAUGCAGAGCAGGCCAGCUCUCUAGCCUUUGAGCAAUGAGCAGUGAAUCUACAGCAUCAACAGUUGAUGUGGGGUGCAGCGGGAGCAGUUGCACCAAUGAGGGAGCUGCCCGCCCCUGAGCCUCAGGGUCUAGGUGCUGGCUUAAAAAGCAGCCUCCCUAGCUCUGGAACUGAGGCUCUGAGUGUCUCUAGCACCAAGGUGUGGGUGUUGUGGCGUUGCUCUCUCUGCACGCUCUCUCUGAAGAUAGCUUGAAAAAAAGACACUGUAGAUCUCCCCUAUGACAAUGUCUUCCGUUAAGAUUGAGUGUGUUUUGAGGGAGAACUGCCACUGCGGAGAGUCUCCAGUGUGGGAGGAAGCAACCAGCUCCCUGCUCUUCGUAGAUAUUCCUGCAAAAAAGGUUUGCCGGUGGGAUUCGCUCAGCAAGCGAGUGCAGCAAGUGAUCGUGGAUGCCCCCGUCAGCUCCGUGGCCCUGCGCCAGUCAGGAGGCUAUGUCGCCACAGUUGGAACAAAGUUCUGUGCUUUGAACUGGGAAAAUCAGUCAACAGUUGCCCUGGCCACAGUAGAUAAAGACAAGAAAAACAAUCGAUUCAAUGACGGGAAGGUGGAUCCUGCUGGGAGAUACUUUGCUGGCACCAUGGCUGAGGAAACAGCCCCAGCGGUUCUGGAGCGGCACCAAGGCUCCUUGUACUCCCUCUUUCCUGACCACCACGUGGAAAGGUACUUUGACCAGGUGGACAUCUCCAAUGGUUUGGACUGGUCCCUGGACCAUAAGAUCUUCUAUUACAUUGACAGCCUGUCCUACUCUGUGGAUGCCUUUGACUAUGACCUGCACACAGGAAAGAUCUCCAACCGUCGAAGUGUUUACAAGCUGGAGAAAGAAGAACAAAUCCCAGAUGGCAUGUGUAUUGACACUGAGGGGAAGCUCUGGGUGGCCUGCUACAAUGGAGGAAGAGUGAUUCGUUUAGAUCCUGAGACAGGGAAAAGACUCCAAACCAUGAAGUUGCCUGUUGAUAAAACAACCUCAUGCUGCUUUGGAGGGAAGGAUUACUCUGAAAUGUAUGUGACCUGUGGCCGGGAUGGAAUGACUCCCGAGGGUCUCUUGAAGCAACCUGAAGCUGGUGGAAUUUUCAAGAUAACUGGCCUGGGAGUCAAAGGGAUUCCUCCUUACCCCUAUGCAGGAUAAUGCCUCCUUUCCUAUUGGAGGAUCUUCUGAAGACAACUAGAAAAUUCUGCAAUUGAAAUUUCAAUCUAGUAACCGAAAAAUAAAGCAAUGAUAUUAUUAACAGGGUUAGACUUCUUUUUAUAAUAUUUUAAAGGCAGAACAUUUUUAACAAGGGGUCACAUGUGAUUUUGAUGGCACACAGUGAGACAUUCUGCAAAGGUACUAUGGUA